UCUUCAGACUUCGGGCACAGCAGUGCAUGACACUGCUCACUCGAUCACAGACCAAGGCCAUGGACCGGAAGGCGGGAGAAUCCCUCCUGGCCUAUGAGGAACGCCUGGCGGCAUUCAUUCAGGAGGCCAAUGAUAGGGCUGCCGCCGCGGCCAAGGAACGUAAUCGGCUUGAACAAGAGGAGGAGGCCAAGCGACAGAAGGAGGAACAGGACCGACUUCGUCAAGAAGAGGCAGACCUGCAGGUGGCAGCCGAACACCGGUCACGCCAGCGGGAACGACUGUUUAUGCGGGAGAUCGUGAUCGGCGAUGAGGCCGCACAUUGGGUGGAAGAGGCAUCUGCAGACGGGGCCCUGGAGACUGAGAAAGGGCUGCCAGCCCUUGCGCAGGUCUCCCACGACCUCGUGGCCACCUGCGCUCUGCAGCAGGAGGAAAUCCUUCACCUGGAGCAGACAGUGGACCAGAUGCUCGCACGGCUGCAGGCGGUGGAGAAACAGCCAGCUGCUGUAGCAGCCGCAGGACCUUCCAACCUUACCACCCGUGUGCAAGUUUUGGAGGAUGACGUCAGCAACAUCAAGCGUGUGCAUCAGGACUUCCGGACGUCGCAGCAAGCAACGAACUCGCAGUUGGAGACGCAGGUCCAGGUUGCUGCCACCGUGACGCCCGCCUCCGCAUCCUCCCGGGGCCCACCCAGACUGGAUGACAUUCCAGUUUUCUGCGAUCAGUUCAAGACGGAACCGAUCCCGUGGUGGCGCCAGUUUACUCUCAGGCUCGACAUGCACCAUGUCCCGAACAACGAUCGACAUCCGUGCUUGUACCACCGAUCUGGUGCAGUGUCGGAACUGCACACCAAGCUCACUUGGCAGGAGUUGACCGACGCCUGGCACAAGCGAUUCCAAGAAAAGCCGCCCGACCUGCAAGCGAUGGACAAGCUCAACAAGCUCCAUCAGAACACGCUGCUCAGUCAGGACUGGAUUACCGAGUUCCAAAGACUCGUCUCCACACCGGACCUGCCGCUCGCAUUCCGCGCCAUCAAGCACUUGUUUAUCAUGCGCUCGUGUCCAGCUCUGCAAAACGCGUUGACGCAGAUUGCAGAGACACUCGACACAUCUGACAAGCUUUUCAGCAUAGCGUCACAGAUCAUUCUCACGAAUAUCGAAGCCCGCAACGCCGACCGAUCUUCCGCGACAACGAGCGGCACCCAGCUUAAGCCAAAGGUGGCUUGCAUUACUUCUACCGAGGCUGCAACACCAAACGAGGGUGAAGUGUUGGCAGCUGCCCGGGAUGGUGGCCGGCCGCGCAACAAUCACGGCCGCGACAAGAUGAAGACUCAGUCCACCUCUACACCGAGCACCGGAUCAGCCGCCGACGAACCUUGGGCACAAUACGGACUCUCGGCGAAUUCUUAUCGCACGAGACUCAAGUACCAUUACUGCCUUUGGUGCAACAGCACCAUCCACGAUAUUGGGCAAGCAGCCUGCAACGCCUUGCUAGAUUGCGGCGCAACUCGCAACUUCAUCAGCCAGUCCUUCAUGACUCGGGCUGUCCUUGGCGCACAAGUACGGAGGAAGUCACAUCCGACGACGGUCGCUCUUGCCGACGGUAAGACGAAACAACUUUUAGACCGUUACAUCUCGGCUGUCCCGGUGUACUUUGCACCGCACGCAUGUGAACCCGUCACUUUUGACGUGUUGGACACCGACUUCGAUGUCAUUUUGGGGAUGUCUUGGCUUUUUAGCGCGGACCACACGGUCAAUUUCCAUCGACGCACGCUCACGAUUAAUGAUGCAACUGGCGCCGAGGUCCCGUGUACUAUUCCUCCUCCUCGCUCUUCCAUUCGGUGCCAAGUCAUGAGUGCCAAAUCUUUUCGAGACACAUGCCGUUCCGAGCAUGUCGAAGAGAUUGGCAUCGCUUUUCUUCGAACCAUCCCGACGACCGAUUCAUCGUCCACGGAUGUGUCUUCCGACCCCCGUUUGACCCGGUUGUUAGACGAGUUCUCAGAUGUUUUUGAGACACCCUCCGGUAUAGUGCCGGACUGGCCAAUCUCUCACGCGAUCAUACUUGAGGUCGGCGUCGUGCCACCGAAGGGAUGCAUUUAUCGCAUGUCCGAGGAGGAGCUCACGGUUCUCUGUGCGCAACUCGACGAUCUACUUGACAAGGGUUGGAUCCGCCCUAGAAGCUCACCUUACGGUGCGCCCGUUCUCUUCGUUCAGAAGAAGAACAAGGACCUUCGACUUUGCAUUGACUACCGACGCCUCAACGCGCAAACCAUCAAGAAUGCGGAACCUCUACCUCGCAUUGACGAUUUGCUUGAGCGGUUGGGCGGCGCCAAGUACUUUUCCAAGUUGGACCUCAAGUCGGGCUACCAUCAGAUUUCCAUCCGCCCGCCAGAUCGGUACAAAACCGCAUUUAAGAUGCGAUAUGGGCAUUUUGAGUGGGUAGUUAUGCCUUUUGGCCUCACCAACGCCCCGACCACCUUUCAGGCGGCCAUGACCACCGAGUUUCGCGCUAUGUUGGACCGCUUCGUCUUGGUCUACUUAGACGACAUCCUCGUCUAUAGCCGAACUCUAGAGGAGCAUCUCGAGCACCUUCGCCGUGUUCUAGAGACUCUUCGGUCAGCCCGGUACAAAGCUAACCGCAACAAAUGCGAGUUUGUCCGGCAAGAGCUUGAAUACUUGGGUCAUUUUGUCUCUCCGGAAGGCAUUCGUCYRUUGRCGGACAAGAUUCAAGCCAUCCAGGAGUGGCCCGAGCCGAAGAAUGUGACGGACGUCCGAUCCUUCCUCGGCUUGGCCGGUUAUUAUCAGCGUUUCAUCAAGAGUUACUUGAAGAUCGCGGCCAACCUAAGCAAGUUACUUAGCGAGGAGCGGCCUUUUGACUUCGAUGAAGAUGCGCGCCAUUCUUUUGAAACACUCAAAGCGACACUCUUAUUUGCCGAGGAGUUACAUAUUUACGACCCGCUUCUAGCUACGCGCGUCACUAUCGAUGCGUCGGGCUAUGGCAUUGGGGCGGUCCUUGAGCAACACGAUGGCACGGACUGGCACCCAGUCGAGUACUUUAGCAAGAAAGUACCUCCCGUGCAUUCGAUCGACGACGCACGGAAGAAGGAGCUUCUUGCCUUCGUCCACGCCCUCAAGUGUUGGCGACAUUUCCUCCUUGGUCGGAAAGCAUUCCGAUGGGUAACGGAUAACAAUCCGUUGGUAUUCUAUAAGUCGCAAGACACGAUUAAUAGUACCAUUGCCCGUUGGAUGACCUUCAUCGACCAGUCUGACUUUUUCCCUGAUCACAUUCCUGGGAAGUCAAACCGUUUUGCGGACGCCCUCUCACGGCGACCGGAUCUUUGCACCGCAGUCUACUCUACCUUCGAGAUCGACGACGACUUGCGGGAGAACUUCAUCCGCGGCUAUCAAGCCGACCCCCACUUUCGCGACAAGUACGCGAAUUGCUCCUCUCCGAAUCCGGUGCCUUCGCAUUAUCGGAUCCAAGAGGGCUACCUACUUGUGCAUUCACGGGGUAAGGAUCUUAUUUGUGUGCCGAAUGAUUUACACUUGCGCACACGGCUUCUUGGCGAGUUUCACGAUGCGCCCGCCUCCGGACAUUUUGGUGUCAACCGUACACUUGGCCGACUUCGCCAGCGGUUCUAUUGGCCCGAUCUUCUCAAGGACGCCACCCGCUAUUGUGAGUUGUGCGAAGUCUGUCGGCGUUGCAAGUCACGCAACCAUCGUCCGUUCGGUGAGCUACACCCAUUACCAGUGCCCCUUGGGCGACGGGAAGCAAUUCCUAUGGAUAUCACCGACCCCUUCCCGAAGCACAAGACCGGCGUUGAUGGGAUCCUCACGGUCGUCGACUGCUUCACCAAGUACGCCAUGUUUUUGCCUUGCCGCUAUCACGCAAAGGCACCGGAGUUAGCCGAGAAUACGCUCACGGAGUCCUUUCCCAGAGGAUGGUGGAAUGAGGUCAUCACGAGGUUCCCAUGGCUUGAAGCUCAACCUUGGCCAAGCAAACCCGCACAAACCCUCAUCACAUGCAUGAAAGUCGACAGUAUGGAGAUUAUUAAACGACAGCUGGAUACGGGUAGAUUUCCAAACUUAUUCGAGAAUAUUGCCUUCAACGAUCUUGCUAAGCUUGCUAGGACAUGGGAUGACGAUAGGACAGAUUACGAGAGAGAAGUGGAGGUUCUGGCUGCUGAAGUUGAGCUAAGGAAGAUACCCUAUACCAGGGAGAAUAUUGAACUAACGGGCAGAGUAGUGAGGGUAGAACAGAUUUUUCUGAGGGCAUGGAAUCUGAGUGAUGUGCACCUUAGGAAUCAUGUCCCGGCCAAUGUCGAACUGCCACGCCCACCCCCACCACCAGCGGUUCAUGCUGGCCCCGCGGGGACCGCGAGAUGCCAGGCGCUGAAGGUUAAUGAAGCUGAGCUUGAUCAGAUGGAGCAUGCCAUCGCACAGCCAUGCACGCGGAAACGACGCAAAGCUCCUCACGGGAGGAUUCCGAAGGUCGGGAGGGUGGACGACUCCAGCGCUAGCGACAGCAGCGAUGAUGGCGAGGAUUUGGUUUGGAGGGGUAAGGGGAAGAAAAGUAAAGAGAAGAAGUCUUUGGCAGCUCCGGCCAAUGCAAAGGGUAAAGCGCGGGUGGAAGAAGAAGAGUAUGGAGAGGACGAAGAAGAGGAGGAUCGGGAUGAGGACAUGGAUUUCGGUCUGCGCUCGGAAGUGGAGUCAGAUGACGAGUUCGAUGACGACGACGACGAGGACGCUGACGCGCUGACAAUGAGACCGGAAACAGGUCACUUUGAUAGUGACCUCGAGUUCUUGGUACCUCUAAAUAGAGAUAGAGAACUUCCCGCACAUGAUGACAACGAGGCCGAUAGAGCGAUGGCACAAGCACUUGCGAAGAGAGAUUGCGUCAUUGUGAAGCAGCGUAUCGAGGAGGAUGCAGCGAGACGUGUAGCUGUUCCCCGACGGACUGGGGAGAGAGGAACGAAGGAAGUCGGGGGUGGAUCAGGAGGGGGAGGAUGCGGGGCAGCAGUCGGAGUUGCGCCCGCUGUGGCCGGCAGCGCGAACACACUGAAACGGCAGCGGCAGCAAGCGCAUGUGGAGACCACCCAAUAGAGGACUUGCCCCGCACGGACAUUCAUUCAACUGAACCGCUGGAGGAAGAAGACAAGGACUGCCGUGAUGGAGCGGGCCAGA